UCACGCUGCAAUUUUGUGCAACAAGUAAGAUCAGAGUGAUGGCUGAGUUUCUAUUGACUUUUGCUGCAGAAGAAGUGUUGAAGAAAGUGGUGAAAGUUGCUGCUGAGCAAAUUGGGCUCGCAUGGGGGUUGGAGAAGGAUCUUGAGGAGCUGAGAGAAUGGCUACUCAAGACUGAAGCUUUCUUACGUGAUAUCAACAAAAGAAAAUUGCAUAGUGAUUCAGUGAGGCUGUGGGUCGACAAACUUCAAGAUCUUGUUCAUGAAGCUGAGGAUCUAUUAGACGAGCUUGUUUAUGAAGAUCUUCGACGAAAGGUUCAAACAGCAAAAAUGAAGAAGGUACGUAACUUUCUGUCCCCUUCUAAUAAUGCUUUUGUCUUUCGCGUCAAGAUGGCAAAUAGAAUGAAGAACAUUUCGGACUUGUUAUGCAAACAUUAUCAUGAGGCAGGUUCUUUGGGACUUGUUGCCAGUGAAUCUGCAGAAACAGAGAUUGAUAUUAGCCAACUUCGAGAGACAGUCUCCGAGUUGGAUGAUUUUGAUGUGGUGGGUAGGGAUGUUGAAGUUUCAAGCAUAGUGAAUCAAGUGAUGGAUGCUACAAAUAGACAUGUUACAUCCAUCUUACCCAUUGUUGGUAUGGGUGGAUUGGGAAAAACGACGUUGGCAAAGUUGGUCUUCCACCAUGAGAGGAUAAGAAAACAUUUUGAUAAAACUAUAUGGGUGUGCGUGUCUGAACCUUUUCUUGUCAAUAAGAUUUUGGGAGCAAUCUUAGAAACUCUAAGAGGUACUUCUGAUCGCUUGGAUAAUAAGGAGGUCUUACUCUGUGAACUUAAAAAAGAGAUGCAUGGAAAAAGAUAUUUUCUUGUGCUUGACGAUGUUUGGAAUGAAAAUCCUUCUUUGUGGGAUGAGUUGAAGAAUUGUUUGACGAGGAUCACUGAAGAAUCAGAAAAUAGUAUCCUCGUGACUACAAGGAGUAUUGAAGUUGCGAAAAUUAUGGAAACACUUCCUAGUUAUCAUUUAAGUAAACUCUCUGACGAUCAAUGUUGGUACUUAUUUCAAGAAAGUGCAAAUGCAAAUGGACUACCAAUGACUUCAAGUUUGAAAGUUUUUCAAGAAGGUUUGGUUAAAAAAAUUGGUGGCGUACCAUUGGUUGCAAAAGUUUUAGGAAGGACAGUAAAAUUUCAAGGAAACUUUGAUAUAUGGGUGACGAUAUUGGAAAGUGAAAUAAGUACUCUAUUUCAAGAGGAAAAUUUUGCUUUAUCCAUAUUGAAAUUAAGUGUUGAUCGCCUACCAUCAUUUUCUUUAAAGCAAUGUUUUGCCUAUUGUUCAAAUUUUCCCAAAGAUUUUGUGUUUAGAAAAGACCAACUAAUUCAAAUGUGGAUGGCACAAGGAUUUAUUCAUCUACAAGAAGGAAGAAGCAACAAGACAAUAGAAGAUGAAGGAGAUAGAUACUUCAAGAUCUUGUUGUCUCGUUGCUUAUUUCAAGAUGUUGUUAAAGAUGACAGAGGGAGAAUUAUAGAGUGUAAGAUGCAUGAUCUUAUACAUGAUAUUGCAUGUGAUGUUUCAAAUGAAAACAAAUUGCAAUUAGAUUAUUCAAGCAAUUCCUUAGAUGGGGAACUUUGGACGAAGGAGAAUCAAAAACUUGCUAGAAAGUUACGCACCAUCAUUUAUUACAAAGAGAUGAUACCUCACAUAAUAGAGAGGGCGAUUCAUGAUAAGAUGAUGAACUUUUUCUGUUUGCGUGUUUUGAUAAUGAAUUCAAAUUCUAUUAAAGAACUACCAAACUCAAUUCAUAAGUUGAAACACUUGAGAUAUCUCGACAUUUCAGGUUGUGUUAUAAAAAAGCUUUCAGAAUCUAUUGUUUUGCUUUAUAAUUUGCAAACACUAAGGGCGGAAGACACAAAUGUACUUCUUCCGAAGAAUUUAAGAGAAUUGAUUAGUUUGAGACAUUUGGAAUUUUCUUACACUUAUGUUGUCGAGCAAAUGCCUCCAUAUUUGAGCCAAUUGAUUCAACUCCAAACAUUGUCUUGUUUUCUAGUAGGCUUUGGAAAGGGUUGUAAAAUUACAUAACUUGGACCUCUGAAAAAUCUGAAAGGUAGUUUGAAGAUUUUUCAUCUAGAGCGAGUUGGAAGUAAGGAGGAAGCCAAGUCUUCAAAAUUGGUGGAAAAGGAGAACUUAGAUGAGCUAACCUUGUCUUGGAGCUGGCCUGGCGAAAGAAAUAAUGAGAACAAUCACAAAGAUUUUGAAGUGUUGGAAGGACUUCAGCCUCCCAAAAAUCUACAAACGUUGGACAUUAGGCGCUUUCCAGGCGAAUGUUUUCCAAACAAGAUUUUUCUGGAGAAUUUAGUAGAAAUAAGUCUGUGUUCUUGUUCAAAUUGUGAAAGGCUUCCAAUGCUUGGGGAGCUACCCAACUUAGACAGCCUUUGUAUCAUUGAAUUAACCAAGGUACGAAGUAUAGGCAAUGAAUUCUAUGGAGGAAUUAGUGACUCCAACCAAAAGACAUUGUUCUCCAAGUUGAAGAAAUUUAGAGUAGAAAAGAUGAGAAGCCUAGUGCAGUGGGAAGACUCGAAAGUUGCAUCAAAUGUUACAACUUUGUUUCCUCGUCUUGAAGUCUUGUAUAUUUCUGACUGCCACCAACUAUUGAACCUUCCAGAUGAUGUUUUUGGCUCAUGUGAUGAGAAUGGUGACUACCACCUUACAACUGUUACUAUCAGUGACUGCAUACAAUUAGACAAACUUCCCAAUGGACUAAAAUACUGUCAUUCAAUCCAAUAUUUGAAUGUAAUGCGCUUGUCAUGUUUGACCCUGAAGUUUGAAAACGUAGACAUGGUUUCUUCUUUAAGAAUCAUGGUGCCGCAGAAGUUAGCCCACCGCACUAACUUGGAACUAAACAUUUACGGAAGCAUCCAGUAUGAUCGGUUCUAUAAUAGAGAUUGUGAGGAGCUUGAAUUGGUUGAUGAGUUGGAGAGUGGGAGCCAAGAUCCAAGUAGCAUCCAAAGUUUGCCAGAAUGGUUGGAUAACCUUACAUCUUUGCAAACAUUGAACCUUUCAUACCUCAUCAAAUUUAACAAAUGAGAAAUGAGAGUAUUUGCUCCUCUUGUAUGUUUUCAGUUUGUAAUGUUUCAACAAAAGUGGUCUAUUUUCAA